ACAGUUGAUUGUAGAAUCGAGAAAAAAAAUUUUUUGAACGAAGGGAUGGUACAGCGUGUAACACGAUUGUUCUGAAAAAUAUAUACAUACGCGAAAGAAAUGUUUGAAAUAAUCAUUACAAAGAAAUUCAAAGCGCGUAACGCAUAUCGGCGCGUUGAUUAGACCGUUCGCGUGUCACGAAUGUCGACGAGCGCGUACACUCCUGUCGAUAACCAGAGAAAGAAAGAAAAAAAAAACAAGCAAGACGUUGAACCUCAGGAUAAAUAGGUUUACAAAAUUUCGAUAUAAUUACUCAAACUGUUUAAUGUAAUGUGUGUGUGUAUUCUCCAAAAUGAUCACAACAGUUGACCGACGGAAACUUUGCGACACGUCAGCCAAUACGAUGAAGCUGAUAGUUUUGCUGCUCACCAUCGCGGUGGCCCUGGCUGGCGCGGAAAAAGCAACCUUCAAAAACUACCGAGUCUUCCGGAUAGUUCCUAAAAACGCUAGGCAGCUGGAAGUGCUCAAACGAUUGGACGACCAGAGCGAGGGCUUCUCGUACUGGAAGGCGCCCAGCCGAUUGGAGCAAACGGUGGACCUGAUGGUCUCGCCCGACCAGAUGGCCGAUUUCGCGAGACUAAUGAACGACACCGGCACGCCCUACGAGACGUACAUUGGCGACGUCCAGAGCCUCAUCGAGAACGAGAACCCACCGACGCGCGAGUCCGGCUUCGGUUGGACGCGCUACCACAGCCUCGAGGAGAUCUACUCGUGGCUCGACUCCCUGGCCCAACGGUACCCCGGCAAAGUCGAGCUCCUCUCUCCGGGCGAGACGUACGAGGGCCGCCAGAUCCGCGGCGUCAAGCUCAGCUUCGGGCCCACCGACAAGCCGGCCGUAUUCGUCGAAGGCGGGAUCCACGCCAGGGAAUGGAUCAGCCCCGCCACCGUCACUUACCUCAUCGGCGAGUUCCUCACGAGCGACGACCCCGAGGUGCGGGCCCUCGCUGAGGCCUACGACUGGUUUCUCUUUCCCAACUUCAACCCCGACGGCUACGUCUACACCCACACCAGAAACCGACUUUGGCGCAAGACGGUGUCGAGGACCUCGUUUUUCUGCAUGGGAAGCGACAUCAAUCGCAACUGGGGCUACAUGUGGAUGAAGGGCGGUGCCAGCAGGAAUCCCUGCGCCGAGACGUACGCCGGUCGAGGUCCGUUUUCGGAGGUCGAGACGAGGAGCAUGUCCCGGUACAUCAGUUCCAUCGGCGACAAGCUGUUCGCCUACAUCGCCUUCCACAGCUACUCCCAGCUUCUCCUCUUCUCCUACGGCCACACUCGUCGGCACCUCGACAAUUACGACGAAUCCUACGCCAUGGGUACCAAAGCUAUCGAGGCUCUUGCUCGGAGGAAUGGGACAAAGUACAAGACCGGAAAUAUUGCUGAAACGAUAUACGUGGCUACCGGAAGUUCCAUGGAUUGGGUCAAAGCUACUCUGAAAGUACCGGUGGCGUUCACCUACGAGCUAAGGGACACCGGCAAACACGGCUUCAUACUCCCGGCUGACCAAAUCGUUCCCAAUGGACAGGAAGUUUUGGACUCUCUUGUGGCUAUGUUCAAAGAGGCGAGUCGUUUCGGCUACCCGAAACCUCAUCAAUAAGCACCUGUCGCUCUUGCUU